AUGUCUUCGUCCGUUGAUCUAAAACCUGCUGAAAAUUUGACUCAGUAUCUCGAAAACUACUUUGAGAAACCCAUUCGGGCUGCUGUUAUACGGAUUUCGAACGAGAGCUCUUUUGAGGUUUCCGAUACUGUGGACAAAAGCUCUUCCUUUGAAUCAGAUUUUGAGAAGAUUCGUCAGGUAUUGCUCGCUUCUUCCGAGCCCGCCUUCGUUUUGGUUCAUGAUCAAAACCGUAAUGAUCUUUUGCAAUUUAUUUCUUAUGUACCUGAAUCGGCUAAUGUUCGAAACAAAAUGCUCUAUGCCUCCAGUCGUUCUGGUUUAAUUCGCAUUGUCAAUAUGUCAAAAAUCGACAAAUCUUUCUUUGCUAGUACCACUGAGGAGCUAAGCUAUAAGUCGUUUUUUGACCAGAUCACAAAAGAAACUGACUCAGCACCUCUUCGUCAAGACGAAAAAGAAAGACAACAAGUUGAUGAGUCUUUACAAUCUUCCACAUCUCAAAAGCGUUCUUUAGUUACUGGAGGUAUAGCAAUGGAAAUAAACGACGAUGCUUUGGAAGGCAUAAAGAAGCUUCGCUCUGUCCCUCAAAAUACCCUUCUACUUUUUUCUGUCCGAGACGAAGUAAUUUGCCUAGAAGAUGAGAAAGCAAACAUCGCUGCUUCUGAUGUAAAGUCCUUCUUUCACCCUUCUGAACCGAGAUUUGGUUUUUACUCCCAAUCUAAGGAUGAAAAACUAAAAAAUUUGUUCAUUUACAUAUGCCCUAUGCAAUCCUCUGUAAAAAACAGAAUGGUCUACUCGUCUUGCAAACUCGCAUUCCUGAACAAGGUUGAAGAGGAGUUUGGCGUAAGCAUAGAUGGAAGGUUGGAAUCAAACGAUUCUGCUGACUGCACCGAAAAGGAAAUUUUUCAAGCUUUAGGUCUUAUUGAUACCUCAAAAGAGUCAAAAGAGUCGAACGCAAGGUCUGGCUUUUCUAGACCCCGUCCUCCUCGUAGACGCUAA